UUGAAUCUGGGUCGGAUCUAUCCAUACUCAUUGUCAUUCCGAACCGCAUCCUCGAUUUCGCAGUUUUCGCCGCCGGCCGCCCUUCCUACCCGCAUCCUCGACCUCACAAAUCGCCGCCGGCCGCCCUCCCCCACCCUUGCAGUCUCGCGCGGCACGUCUCCUCCCCUACUCUGAAGUCGCAAUCGCCGAUUUGCAGCCUCGUCUCGUCUUCCAAUUCCUUCCAAGAAGCACUCCAAAAGCUCUCUUUCAUGGCACUUUCACUGCGUCGAAUUCGCCACUGUAAGUUGAAAGCAUUCGUAGUAGCAGAGAGGCGAAGAGCUGUGGCUACCAAAGCUGCUGCAGGCGCCUCCGAUCGCGAUUCAUAUUCUAUGAAAUACACCGGGAAAGUUGUGGCAACGUCCAACAAUGGCCGCAUCUCAGCAAUAGAAGUAUCUGUAUGCCGUCCAGCCCUCGCCUACGAUGUUCGCGGAUAUCCUCUCCCCCGCCGUGACCUUAUCUGCAAAGCAACAAACAUCCUCCAGUCAAAAGCGGCCGCAUCAUCACCAGAUUCCUUCGCCGACCUCUCCGAGUUCUUCCAGUCGCUAACCCUUGCUCCUACUUCAACAGAAGUUUCUGAAAUUCUCAAAUCCCUAAAGUCCACAGCUCUAGCCCUUGAGUUUUUCCACUACUGUCCUUCCACAAUCCCGAACUUCCGGCAUGAUGCUUUUACUUACAACCGAAUUUUGAUUAUCCUCUCAAACUCGUCGCUUCCUGACAGGAUCGAUAAGAUUAAUGAAAUCAUCAGUCUAAUGGAGAAAUCAGGGGCCAUUGGAAACAUCUCCACUGUUAAUCUAUUGAUUGGUGCUUUUGAUGGAGUUGAUGGCUUGCAGAAGUGUUUGCAGUUGGUUAAGAAAUGGGAUCUGAGGUUCACAUCUUAUACAUACAAGUGUCUUCUGCAGGCGUAUUUGAGAGCAAACGAGUUGGAUAGAGCAAUUGAGGUCUAUAAAGAAAUCAGCCGGAAAGGGUACAAGUUGGAUAGCUUCAGCUACAAUAUGCUUCUUCAUGCGCUUGCUAAGGGCGAAAAGGUUGAUGAUGUUUACCGGGUAUUCGGAGACAUGAAAAGGAAGCAUUGUGAACCUGAUGAGUAUACGUACACGAUUCUGAUGAGAAUGCUUGGAAGGUUGGGCAAGCCUGAUGAGGCAUCGACUUUAUUCCAAGAAAUGUUAUCAAAGGGUUGUAAACUCAAUUCGAUGGCUUACAAUACUAUGAUCGAGGCUUUGGUGAGGAGCCGAAUGGCUGAAAGAGCCAUGGCAGUAUUUGCGAAGAUGGUGGAGAGCAAAUGCCGCCCUACUGAGUUCACGUACACUCUCAUUCUCAACGUUUUGGCAGCCGUGGGACAGCUCGGGAGAAUGGAUGAGGUGGUGGAAAUAUCGAAUAACUACAUGAAUAAGUCGAUAUAUGCGCAUCUUGUGACAAUGUUGAACAAAAUCGGGCAUGCUAAUGAAGCGCACCGGCUAUUUUGCAAAAUGUGGCGAUUUCAUGAAAAAGGCGACAGGGAAGCUUAUCUCGCGAUGUUGGAGAGCUUAUGCCAGGCGAAGAAAUUCGCCGAGGCGAUUGAUAUGUUGUGCACGACGCACGAGAAAGGAGUGUCAACAGAUACUUACAUGUUCAACGUGGUCUUUUCUGCGCUGGGAAAAUCGAAACAGAUCGCUCAUCUUCUCGACUUGUAUGAGAAAAUGAAGCGCGACGGACCUAUGCCCGACUUAUUCACCUACAAUAUUCUGAUUUCUAGCUUUGGCAGAGCCGGACGAGUCGAAGAAGCUAUUAAGAUAUUCGAAGAGCUCGAGAUCAGUUCUUGGAAACCUGACGUUAUCUCGUACAAUUCGCUGAUUAAUUGCCUCGGAAAAAACGGUAAUCUCGACGAAGCGCAUAUGAGAUUCAGAGAAAUGCAGGAGAGGGGUAUGAAUCCCGAUGUGUUCACUUACAGUAUUUUGAUUGAGUGUUUCGGUAAGACAGAUAAAGUCGAGAUGGCGUAUGCUUUGUUCAAUGAAAUGGUUGCCGAUGGUUGCGCUCCGAACAUUGUUACAUACAAUAUCUUGCUCGACUGUUUAGAACGUUGUGGGAGAACAGCAGAAGCAGUCGAACUUUAUUCGAAGCUUAAAGAGCAGCGAUUGGCUCCGGAUUCGAUCACUUACGCCGUUCUUGAGAGGCUGCAGAGCGGUUCCCCGAGGAAGCCAACACGAAGACAGCAUCCGAUUACUGGUUGGGUUGUUAGCCCGCUAAGGUGACAUUGUUGAUGAUAAUACCGAAUAUUGUGUCGAGAUUUGUUUUGUCUGAUUGUAUGUAGGUCUUGUUUGGGGAAUUCUCUGCAAAUUGAGAUGUGAGAAAAGCAUUGCCUGGCAAUGGCGAUGAAGAUGAAGAUGAAGCCGGAUAGACUAAUAACUUAGGUAUAUUCAUUUAUAACUUUAAUGCUUUCAGAUUCUACUUGCUAUACACAUAGUUCAUUUAAUGUAAUUCAUCUUGCCGAGUUUAGUUUAGUUUGCAGGUUAUUAGGUUGGACAGAUAGGUUUACUCGGAGGGUGUGUUUGUUUGAGGAUUUGAAUUUUGAAUUGAGAUUUGAAUAAUAAAUAGUUUGAAUUGAAAAAGUUGUAUGAUGUGAUAUAAAUACGUGGUGACGUGAUAUUUUGAAUGUAAAAUUGAUUUUUAGUAUAAUAUGAAAAUUGGAAAGUAAGUGUUUGAUUUGAUAUUUUUUGAGAGAAAAAUUGAAUGAAUAGUGGAUUUUUGGGAAAUCCUUCAACCAAACACAUGCUAACA